UAAAGAUGGUUUACAAUGAAAAUCAAAAAAGAAAAUUUAAAGACAAUAGGAUUACGAAAUAUGUGGUCACAUUGAAAGCUCAUUAAAGAUAUACGAUAAGUUAUUGUCUAAUAAUUACAUGGAGUCGUAGAAUCAAUAGAACUCAAGGUAUGUGCCCACUUAUUGAUAGAAGACUCAACAUGGUUAGCUCAUCUUGAUGAGUCAAAUCUCCGGGUCUGUGGCUACCCUUAAUUGUCGCACAUGUCAUUUUCCCUAUUAAUUGCAUGGGAAGCCCAUGGGCCGAUCAUGUGUACGUGCGAUGGACAGGUAUCAGCGUUCUCAGACACACACAACCAAACUCGUGGACUGGAGGAGCUCCACACGUUGCUCUCAACCGACAGCGUCGGACGAUGCGCCAGGAUCCACGCUCCGCGAGCGCAGCGGAUUCCGAUCCCGGACGGGAAUUAAAAAAAAAAAAAAAACCUUCCCCUCUCCCAGCCACCCGCCACACACAAGCGUACACGUGGCGCGCCGGGCACCGUACCGCCGGGAUUGCCGGAGCCCACCACGUUAUCCACGCCAGCUCGGCAGGGCGACGUGGUGCGUCGCCGACCAGGACAAGAUAUACGGGCGGCUCCUGGGCUUCCAAAAAUGGGACUGAACUGGGAGCGGACGAGUCAGGUGGGGCCAUCCGGCAUGCCAAUUAUAGCCACUGCCCGAUACGACAAGACCUGAAAGCUACGACGCGACACGAUCCAAAUUCCAAGAAACCCGCACCAAUAGAUUCUCUCACACGCAUGUACGUAUCUAGGCGUACAAAUCUAUGUAUUUUUAGCAAAAUUCCAUUUUGCCCCCUCCCCCACUUUCCCUAUUUUUUUAAUUCCUCCCUCUUAAUUUAAAAUAUCAAAAAAAGAAAAAGGCCGGACUAAGAUGUGGCUAAAAGACGCCCGAUAUAUCGGGCCACAUGUCCUGGCCAUUAAUUAAUAAAUUAGUCAGUAUUGAUGGAAGCGAUCGUCGGCAGACUCGGCAUCAUCCUCUGCUCUGUUCUAUAUCUGCCAUGGCCGCGGCCUCUGUUUCCACUCCCAGAUCGGCUACCUCUGAAGCCAUGGAGAGAACUAGCCAAUGGGUCUUCUCCCAAGAUCUGCCCAGCGACAUCGUCGUCCAGAUCGGGAAGGUUACUUUUCAACUGCACAAGUUUAUGCUGGUGGCGAAGAGCGGGCUGAUCCGGAGGAAGGUGAUGGAGUCGGAGAGGGUCGACCUGGGACGCGUGGAUCUGUCGGAGGUUCCCGGCGGCGCGGACGUGUUCGAGAAGGCGGCUAAGUUCUGCUACGGGCUUAACUUCGAGAUAUCCGUCAACAACGUGGUGGCGCUCCGGUGCGCCGCCGAGUACUUGCAGAUGACGGAAGAGUAUUGCCGCGGGAACUUGGUGCAGAGGACAGAGGAGUUCAUCGGCCAGGCGGCGCUCAAGACGCUCCCGUCUGCCGUUGCGUUGCUCCGCUCCUGCGACGCUCCUGAUCUACUUGCUUCCGCGGAGCAUGCUGGGAUCGUCGGCCGCUCCGUGGACGUCAUCAGCUUGAAGGCCUGCAACGAAGCUAACUUCCCGACACGCUCGCCGUCGGACUGGUGGGCCGGUGAACUCUCGUCGCUCUCUCCCACCUCGUUCCAGAAGAUCCUUGCCCGCAUGAAAUCCCGCGGCGCCGCCCCUAAAUCCCUCGCCACCGCCAUCGUGGCCUACGUCGAGAAGUCCCUGCCGGACCUCCUCCCCCUUUCCGCUGGCGCCCUGUCCUCCACCCCCUGCGGCGACUCCCGCACCCGCCAGCGCGGCCUCCUCGAAUCCCUCGUCUCUAUUCUCCCGCCGGACCGCGACGCCCCCCUCCCCGUCGGCUUCAUCUGCUGCCUCCUCCGCGCCGCGAUCUUCCUCGGCGCCUCCGCGGCCUGCCGGAGGGAGCUAGAGGGCCGGGCCUCCGUCUUCCUCGACCAGGCCACGGUAGCCGACCUCCUCACCGUCACUCUGGACUACUCCGGCGACCGUGUCGUGGACAUAGACAGCGCCCGCCGGAUCGUGGCCGGCUUCGCCGAGAGAGAGGCCAGCGCCGGCGGCGGCAUGCUCUACGGCGCCGGCUUCAACGGCGUGAGCUGCUCUCCCGCGGUGCAAAAAGUCGCACGAACCGUGGACAGCUUCCUCGCUGAGAUAGCCACCGACGACGAGCUUUCCGUCUCCAAGUUCGCGUCGAUCGCCGGUGCUCUCCCCAAGUCCGCAAGACGUUUCGACGAUGAUCUCUACCGCGCCGUCGACAUCUAUCUCAAGGCCCAUUCGGAAUUGGACGAGAUCGAGAGGGAGAAAGUGUGCAGCGUGAUGGAUCCCCUGAAGUUGUCCUACGAGGCACGGCUCCAUGCGUCGCAGAACAAGCGACUGCCCUUGCAAAUUGUGCUCCACGCUCUCUACUACGACCAACUGCAGCUUCGCAGCGGGGAGGAGGCAGGCGCCGCAGUGGCCGGGAUACGGGAGCCGAGCCUGAAGGUCGACGUCUCGUUGAUCAGGGAGAACGAGGCCCUGCGAUCAGAGCUCGCGAAGAUGAAGAUGUACGUCUCGGAUAUGCAGCGAGGCGGAGGUGGAGGAGGACAGGGGAUGAGUGGGGUGAAGGUGGCCGGAAGCAAGAAGUCCUUCUUCUCCUCUGUUUCAAGGACUCUCGGCAAGUUCAACCCCUUCAAGCAAGCUGGUUCCAAGGAUACUUCCAACAUUGACGAUGGAGAGCCAGUGACAAAGCCAAGGAGGAGGAGGUUCUCCCUAUCCUGAUCCAUCACAAUGUUGGUUUGGUUAUCAAGAGCAAGUGUAGGAUUCUUAGUAUCGAUAUCCAAUUGAUCCAUCCAUCCAUCGAUGAUCGACAUCCAUCGAUAGUAUUGUUCCUAAUGAAAUUAUAUAUGAAUAUUGUGUUUUAAUC